CACAAAUUGCACAAAAAAUAAUGCACUUCCCCUCCACUUUACAGACGCACUGACGUUGUUUUUCGACGAAAGGUAGCAUACUUUAACUCUGUAAACUGUGUUUAAGUAUGGCGAAUGAUGGAAAAUAUAUCGUUUAUCACGGACUUUUGUGUCCGAAAGAAACUCACUCUUUUGAAAGUUUUAAAUACGCGGAGGAAAUGAAAGUUGAAGACGAAUAUAUUUUCACAGUGACCUACCCAAAGUCUGGUAAGAACAUACUGUACUAUAGUAGUUGACUGUAUUUAAAUAAUGAUAGGCUAAGAAUUGGUUUGGCUUCAUGUCAUUUACAGUUUAGUAGUGGUGGAAAAAGUACCCAAUUGUCAUACUUGAGUAAAAUUAUAGAUACUUUAAUAGAGAGUUACUCAAGUAAAAGUGAAAGUCACCUAGUACAAAACUACUUGAGUAAAAGUAUUUGGUUUUAAAUAUACUUAAGUAUCAAAAGUAAAUGUAAUUGCAAAAAUAUACUUAAGUAUCGAAAGUAAAAGUAGAAAUCAUUCCAAAUUCCUUAUAGUAAGCAAAUCAGACGGCACCAUUUUAUUGUUUUAAAAAUGUAAGGAUAGCCAGGGGCACACUCCAACACUCAGACAUUAUUUACAAAAGAUGCAUUUGUUUUUUAGUGAGUCAGCCAGACCAGAGGCAGUAGGGAUGCCACGUGUUCUCUUGAUGAGUGAAUGAAUUUCACAAUUGUCCUGUCCUGCUAAGCAUUCGAAAUGUUGGAAGUACUUUUGGUUGUCAGAGAAAAUGUAUGGAGUAAAAAGUACAAUAUUUUCUUUAGGAAUGUAGUGAAGUAAAAGUUGUAAAAAAUAGAAUUAGUAAAGUACAGAUACCCCCAAAAAAACUACUUAAGUAGUACUUUAAAGUAUUUUUACUUAAGUAGUUUACACCAAUGCAGUUUAGUCGCCCAGGCAUUGCAUCUCAAAAAGUUAUGAGCGGCUCAGUGUCGGACAAAAAAUAAAUUUUAAUGUGUUUUUUAUUACUAUAGUAGAACUUACUUCAGACCAGAUCUUGGUGGUGUGUAACCUAGUAGCAGUAGCCGACUUUCCACCUUUCCAUGGAUUUUCUAGUUCAGCAGCACUGAUUGCGCAACACAAAGGUUUCUUGUUUCAGAACCUAGACAGAUCAGCUGUCCCAAAAGCCUGAUUGCCAGUCUGCUUAUGAUAUCAUGCCAAACACGUUUAGCUUUACAUUGAGCAAUGAGUUGGCAAGAGCACAAACAGAUCUUGGACCAGGCAAGUCCCAACUAGUGAAGAAUCGAGAAACAUGCAGUUGUGUGACAUCACUGACAUCUAGAGAAUUUGACACAAUAAUGAAUGACACAAUAAUGACAAAACAUCAUCUCAUUUUAUUUUGUGAAAUAGCAUAAGCUAAAAAAAUAAAUGAAAAAUAAUACAGAUAACUGAUUAAGGUAAUGUUUCCCAGGCACCACAUGGAUGCAAGAGAUUCUCCCUUUAGUCCUAAAUGGAGGAGACCUGACUCCAGUGCAAACUAUUCCCAACUGGGACCGGGUUCCCUGGCUGGAGGAGACAAGAGCAGCCCUAGUUCUGGACCGUCUGCCCUCACCACGGGCAAUGGUCUCUCAUAUGCCCUACCAUCUCAUGCCUCCCUCAUUUUUCCCCUCCAAAGCCAAGGUAGGGCCCUGAUCCAGGAACUGAGAGCAACUAGACAGUAACAACUGAAGAGACUCUUGCAGCACGUUUAAUGGACUGACUUCAGCAUUGCAAAUUAAUGAAACAAUUGGAAAAAUGUGCCUACAUGCAAUGUAAUUAUCUUAUAAUUUAUCUAUCACACUUGUAAGUCUGUCUAUGGAACUCAUAAUUAAGACUCGAUCUUAAUUAAUCUUAAUUGUUUUCAUUUAGGUCAUCUAUGUUACCCGGAACCCAAAAGAUGUUAUGGUGUCAUCGUUUCACUUCCACAAGAUGGCCAGUUUCCUGGAUGACCCUGGGACUUUUGCUGAGUUUCUAAACAAAUUUCUCUCUGGGCAAGGUGAAAAAUGCUAGGAAAUAUAAAUAAAGGGGAGGGUCCAUUUGAUGCCAUAUGUCCAUACUAAAAGAAGAGGGUAACUGGGUUUGAUUGCAAUUAACAUUUGUUUAUCUACACAGUGUUGUUUGGGAAGUGGACAGACCAUGUAAAAAGCUGGCGAAAUUCAGAUCUGGGAGAUAGAAUCCUAUACAUUACCUAUGAAGAAAUGGUCAAGGUAAAACACCAAUCAAUGCAAACCGCCUCAGCCCAGAGCUGCUUGACCAGACUAAUGGAUAGUGAACUAGGCUAAAUCUUUGGCUAACCCCAGGCCAAACUGAUAACAUAUGUUUGUUUCUCUCCUGAAGGACCUGCGGGGAGUGCUGGAGCGCCUCUCACGGUUCCUUGGUCGGGACCUAAGUGAAGAAACUCUGGACCGUGUAGCCAACCACUGCUGUUUCAGCAACAUGAAGACAAACGCAAUGUCAAACUACUCCCUGGUGCCACAGGAGAUCAUGGAUAGCAGCAAGUCCCCCUUCCUUAGAAAAGGUAGUGGAAACUGGCAAGACAGGGUAUAAUCACUCCCUGCAGUGGGAUAGGAACCCAGAAUGCUGCUAGUAGUGUAAUGUUCUCUCAUCAUGCAGUGAUACACUACUGCAACCGCUCUUUGCUUCCAUGUAUUUCACUGUUCAAUUAAAGCACAUUCUCCUUGUUCUUUCAGGGGUUGCUGGGGACUGGAAAAACCACUUCAGUCCUGAGCAGGAUGCCAAAUUCACAGCGGUCCUAAAAGAGGAAAUGAAUGGAACAAACAUUAAAUUCCCUUGGGAUGAGGAGUGAACAGCUGAAAAUUUACCGACAGCGUUUUCUUGACAUUGCAGGCAGUUAGACUGUGGAGAAAUUAAAACAAAUUGACUUUCUAAACGCAUCUGUGCAUCCACAUCAUAGGCUUUAACGUCACUAGCCGUGCCCUGAAACCUCAGCAGUACACUGACAAUAAAAAGCACCUGGGCUGGGUUUCCCAAAAGCAUUGUAGCACUAAGAUCAUCUUAAUUCCAUUGAAAUUAAAUGAACGAAAACCCAGUCCAGGACAAGUUGAUCUAAAAACACCACCAAAUAUAAUACACCACCUAUACUAUACACCACCAAAUACAAGUACAUCGACUCAGUACUGGUACACCGUGUAUAUAGCCAAGUUAUCGU